AUGGGGGAUAUGGAUGCUACGGAGAAACGAAAUCAUGGUCAGGAGGAGAAUUUGACGCCAGAAACAGAAACCAUUGCGAAUCCGAUCUGCUUCUGGAUUCUUGCAAGUUUUUGUGGCACAAAAGAUCCGCAGCAUCGAGACCACAGAGAGACCGGACUCUUUGUCAUUGAGCUCUUACAAACAAAUGGAUUCACCAACACCCACAUUGCUAAUCUGAUAACGAAGUACCCACCUCUGCUUUUCGCCGAUCCCGUCAAAACCCUUAAACCCAAGCUCGAGCUCUUUCAAUCUCUGGGCUUUUCAAGAGCUGACCUUGCUAAGUUCCUCUCCUCAAACAAUGACAUCCUACUCAGAAGCUUGCAAAACCAAAUAAUCCCAACCUGCAAUUUCCUCAAAACCUUCAUCCACACCAACGCAAACCUCAUCACUGCUCUCAAGCAAUUCAGCCGCAUCGUUGGUUGUAACGUUAAGAGAACUAUGGAGCCCAACAUUGCAACCUUGCGAAGUUACGGUGUACCGGAUUCCAAUAUUUCUAAGAUGAUCUUCAUCCAACCCAAUCCACUGACGCUGACUAUUUUGCGGUUUAAGGAUGUUGCUGCAAUGGUGAACAAAAUGGGUUUUAAUCCCAACAGUCUUUCAUUCAUCAUAGCCAUUUGCUGUAUGUCGGGUUUGAGCAAACAGACCUGGGAAAGGAAAAGGGAGGUCUUUAAGAGCUUUGGUUGGUCGGAUGACGAAUUUCUUUUGGCCUUCAAGGUACAGUCGAGGAUCAUGCUCACUUCGGAGAAGAAGCUCGGGAAAUUGAUGGAUUUCUUUGUGAACGUCCUGCAUUUGAAGCCAUCAGAUGUGGUGAAAUGCCCAAACCUUUUCUUACUAAGUUUGGAAAGGAGAAUCAUUCCAAGGUGUUCAGUGCUACAAAUUCUGAUGUCCAAGGGUCUUAUUAAGAAUGAUGUGAAUAUAGUUUCAGUGCUAAAUUCGAACAAAAUGAGAUUUGAGAAGAGAUAUUUCACUAGAUAUGAGGGGAAAGCCCCUGAGGUAAUCAAGGCAUACGAAGGUGAGAUGGAAUUUCUAGGAUUUGACAGUUGA